AUGGAUUAUGGGACAAAGGAUCUUUGGGCUACUUUACCUAUGAAGAUAGAUAUGCAUUCAAACUCGAUUCCAACAGAAGAAGAAAUGUAUGCGAAGGUCUUUUCUUCUAUCAACGAAUCAACCGAUUUCAAAGCGUACGAAGAUGGAAAAGAAUCAUUUGACAAUCGCAACAAGGUUCGAAUCGCAGGGACAGCUCUGUUCAGAGCUACAACUCAAUCGAAAACUCGAAAAUUUGCUAAAGAUAACGAAGUUUGUGGUUCGAUUUCGAAUGUACAUGUCAAAAAUGUAUCACUUGAGCUUCCCGAACUUCCUAGGGCUCAGCACCAUCAUCUUGAAAUCACAACAAAACUGAGGGUGAGUGUAAGUCCUGCAGGAAGGUUUACAGACUUGUGGAUAGAUAUGGAGAGAAGUGUAUUCUUGUUGGAUUUUGGAAGGUCUCGCAACAUUUGGCUUGUCUUUCCACCCACGGAUAGAAAUAUGAGGUUGCUUUCUGAGGUUGUUGGAGAACCAAAUAUUCUUGCUCGAAUUGGUUCUGAUCUUGAAGGAGGAAUCGUAUGUGAGACCACUGCGAGCAGCGCCUUGUAUUUGCCUGCAGGCACUUUGUGUGCAGUAUUCACUACUGAAGGUGGAUUACUUGGAGAGAUCAAGUUUACCACAGCGGCAGAUGUAGCAAUCAUGGACCAAUUUAGACAAGCAGAGAUGAUCUCUGCUUUUCCGCGAUCAUUGACUAGCUCUGACUAUGACAGUCUAAAGUACAUUCAGAAAGCCAAAUACUGGCCUGGUUUAGUAAGCGACGAACUUGUCGGUACGCUUACUAGUUUCGAGAACGUUGUUGACAAGGGAAGGCACCCUUUGUGGACUAUUCUUCCUGAAGUCUCUCAAGAAAUGACCCAAUCCGAAGCACUGUUGAUAAUGCAUCUGACCUACGCCCUUAAGUCCAAGAACAUACAGGAUAUUCAGGUCCAUCGGGGUAGUCCUCAAGGGCACGCUGAAGAUAAUCUAUCAACAUCAUCAGCUCAAGAGAAGAGAGACUGGGCAAAAAGUUGUAUGGGCCAAUUAGGAUGUCAAGAUGUUAUGCUUCCUUUGUAUAAGAUUGCACGAUGUGAGCUACCUGAAGCGGACUCUGUCUCACCGCUUCUUAAUUGGACCAAAAAGAAUCCCUAUUUGUAUAAACAACCAGAGAUGGGAACGUCGGCAAUGGUGACUCCAUCUGGUGCAUAUUCAGACAUCCAUACCGAUUCCACAACUAUCGGAAGAGCAGUUUGCAUUGAGAGAUGUACCAAGAUCUGGCUAGUAUGGCCUCCCACCAAACACAAUUUACAAUUAUGGGCAGACAACAAAGGACUCGGAGUAGCAAUCCAAAUUUAUGGGCAUAAACUAGAAGGAGGUUUUGUAAUACAAACGUCAGGGAAUAAGUCUCAGGCCAAUGCUUUGACAAUGCCUGCGGGAACGUUACACUGUGUUUUCACAAUCUUUGGGGGUUUUUUGAUAGGUUCAAACUAUUCUACAGCCGAGGAUAUCCCCCUAGCGGUGGAAAUGCUUAGAAUGCAAGUUAUACGUGGAUGA